AUGGCGCGCUGUCUCUCAGAGCACUGCGUUAAUUGCGAAUUCUCACAGUUUACUGGAACUGUUUGCCCAGACCAAUGGCCACGCGUUAUCAGUGCAUCACUUGGGCCACGCGUCGUUGCCGCCCACCGUGGGCCACGCGUCGUUGCCGCCCCCCGUGGGCCACGCGUCGUUGCCGCCCCCCGUGGGCCACGCGUCGUUGCCGCCCCCCCACCGUGGGCCACCCUGGGCCACGCGUCGUUGCCGCCCCCCGUGGGCCACGCGUCGUUGCCGCCCCCCCUGGGCCACGCGUCGUUGCCGCCCCCCGUGGGCCACGCGCUUCACUCUUUGCUCACACGGACGAGAAGGAACGCUUUCGCUCACGCCGCUGCUGCUGAUGCUGCUUCACAGCCCGUCCUGGCUUUUGUCUCUACGUAUUAUACUGCUGCUGCUGCUGGCUUUACUCCUGCUACUGCUGCAGGUGUUACUACUGCUGCUGGAGUUACUGCUGCUGCUGUGGAUGCUGCUGACCUUACUACUGCUGUUGUGGAUGCUGCUGACGUUGCUGCUGCCACUGCAGCUGCUGCAACAGUUGAGGAGCAGCCGCUGGCGCGCUGCUGA